GCUGCCGCCGCCGCCGCUGCACUGACGCCGCUGCCGCUCGUUCUCCAGCAGCCAGCAGCGGCAGUGGUCGGACCGGAGCACGAUCGCUGUCCGGAGCGCAUAGAUGUGCAAAACCCCUGGAAUUACCGUGUGCUGGAGAGGCCGGAACCGACCGCCGUGGAGGACUGUCUUCAUAUAGCCGUCCGAAAAGGGCAAGAGCCGCGGUGAAAGCAUGGCCGUAGAAGAGGAAGGUCUCCGGGUGUUCCAGAGCGUCAAAAUAAAAAUAGGUGAAGCAAAAAACAUCCCUCCAUACCCAGGGCCGAACAGGAUGAGGGACUGUUACUGCACCGUCAACCUGGACCAAGAGGAGGUCUUCAGGACCAAGAUUGUCGAGAAGUCACUUUGUCCGUUCUAUGGGGAGGACUUCUACUGUGAGAUCCCCCGCAGCUUCAGACACCUCUCCUUCUACAUCUUCGACAGGGACGUGUUCAGGAGGGACUCCAGCAUCGGCAAGGUUGCAGUGAAGAAAGAGGACCUGCAGAAAUAUCACGGCAAAGACACCUGGUUCCAGCUACAACCUGUCAGCGCUGACUCAGAGGUGCAGGGAAAAGUGCACCUGGAGCUGCGUUUGAGUGAAGUCAUCACAGACAGCGGCGUCAUCAGCCAUAAACUUGCCACACGAGUGUUAGAGUGCCAAGGUCUUCCAAUCGUCAACGGCCAAUGUGAUCCCUACGCUGCUGUUUCCCUACUCGGCCCUUCGAGGUCAGAUGCCAAAAAGACCAAGGUGAAGAGGAAAACCAACAAUCCACAGUUUGACGAGGUUUUCUAUUUUGAGGUGACGCGGCCAUUGAGCUACACAAAGCGUCAGUUUGAUGUGGAAGAGGAGGAUGUUGACAAACUGGCUCUCAGGGUGGAUCUGUGGAACGCCAGCAACCUGAAGUUCGGGGAUGAGUUCCUGGGUGGUGUGCGGGUUCCUCUGCGAGUCCUGGGUCAGGUCGGGGUUCACGACGCAUGGUACUUUCUCCAGCCGAGGGAGAACGGAGGGAAGUCGGUGAAGGUAGAGGAGCUCGGCUCUCUACGUCUGAACAUCGUUUACACGGAGGACCACGUCUUCCCGUCCGAACAUUACACCCCCCUCAGAGAUCUACUGCUGCACUCUGCUAAUGUAGAGGUUCAUCCCGUGUCUGCGUCCACUGCUCAUAUCCUGGGCGAGGUGUGUCGAGAGAAGCAAGAAGCCGCCAUUCCCCUCGUGCGUCUCUUUCUUCACUACGGCAAGAUCGUGCCUUUCAUCAGCGCCAUCGCUCACGCUGAAGUCAACCGCACACAGGAUCCAAACACAAUUUUCCGGGGAAACUCACUCACUUCUAAGUGCAUUGAUGAGACCAUGAAGCUGGCAGGCAUGCACUACCUGCAAGUCACACUUAAACCCAUCAUAGAUGAGAUCUGCACGGAACACAAACCCUGCGAAAUCGACCCAGUCAAACUCAAGGAGUCGGAGAACCUGGACACAAACAGGGAAAACCUUCGUCAGUACGUAGACCGCAUCUUCAACGUCAUCACCACCUCCGGCGUUCGCUGUCCCACCGUCAUGUGCGAUAUCUUCUUCUCCCUGCGAGAGUCUGCUGCCACCCGCUUCCAAGUUGACCAGGACGUCCGGUACACAGCAGUGAGCAGUUUCAUCUUUCUGCGUUUCUUUGCUCCAGCCAUCCUCUCCCCCAACUUGUUCCAUCUACGGCCGCACCAUCCAGAUCCUGCCACCUCACGAACCCUAACCCUCAUCUCCAAGACGAUCCAGACCCUGGGAAGCCUCGCAAAGUCUAAAUCUGCCAAUUUCAAAGAGUCUUACAUGGCUGCGUUUUAUGACUACUUCAACGAGCAGAAAUAUGCGGACGCUGUGAAGAAUUUUCUGGACCUGAUCUCCACCUCUGGCAAAUGGGAUCAGAAGAGUAUUGAAACACCAAUCAUGCUCAAAGAAGGAUUUAUGAUCAAGAGGGCACAGGGGAGAAACCGGUUUGGAAUGAAGAACUUCAAAAAGAGAUGGUUUCGCCUCACCAACCAUGAGUUUACCUACCACAAAACGAAAGGUGAGGGAGCUCUGUGCAGCAUUCCCAUUGAAAACAUCCUGGCUGUGGAGCGCCUGGAGGAGGAGUCUUUCAAGAUGAAAAAUAUGUUCCAGGUUAUUCAGCCAGAGCGGGCACUCUACAUCCAGGCCAACAACUGUGUUGAGGCGCGCGACUGGAUCGACAUCCUGACAAAAGUCAGCCAGUGCAACCGCAAGCGCCUGAGCACCUACCAUCCUUCAGCCUACCUCAAUGGCCACUGGCUCUGCUGCAAGCUGUCAGCAGACGCAGCCCCUGGGUGUACGCCAUGCACUGGGGGCCUCCCGGCAAACAUCCAGCUGGACGUAGAUGGAGACAGAGAGACUGAGAGGAUUUAUUCCCUGUUCAGCACGUACAUGACCAAACUGAUCAAGAUGCAAGAGGCCUGUGGCAGUAAGUCUGUGUACGACGGGCCAGAACAGGAGGAGUACUCCAGCUUCGUCAUCGACGACCCCCAGGAGACCUACAAAACCCUGAAGCUGAUCGUUUCAGCUGUGCAGACUUUGGAGCAGCAGCACACCAAGUACAAACGGGACAAGUUCAAGAAGACAAAGAUAGGCAGCCAGUUUCUCUUUGCUUCCACAGGGAGCACCCAAUUGGAGACAAAAGUUUUCAGUGCUACAUCCGCCAGCAGUCUGAGAGCUCCACCUACUCGAUCUAGCCAGGGCCCUGUAUACUGUUUCUACGAUGCCCAGAACCAGCAUAUUUUUCAUUACUGCAAAGAAAAUCCACCGUAACAAUGCUCCGGAUCAGACAUUGAUUUUAAAGUUUUUAUUUCUCCUUAAAACAAGGUAUAAAAAAAAGUCAUCAAAGCAGAGUAUCCAUGCUUGAAACGAUAUUUUUAUUGUCAUCAUGUUUCCAGAAGCAGAUGAUGAGCUGGUUGGGAAACAAGUAUCACCUGAUUUGUUCGAGUGCAAGAAAAUGAGAGUUUUAGGACCCACUGCCAGACUGAACCAGCUGUGUGGAUGGACUUUUUUGCAGCGUCUCAUGGUGCAUCACUCCAAAUUCGGAGAACCAGACCUCAGAUCAGCAAGAGUGGAACAGUUGUGGAGGGAAGGAGGUAUACGGCGGAGGAAGAUAAUCACACCGUGCGGCUAUUCGAGUCUCCUCUCUGUGAUGUGACGAGAGAACGAACAAACGUUUUCACUGGACAGUUUUGACAGUGACCAACACGCACUUUAAUCGUCUCCAAAUGUGUGGAUGAACAAGCCUCGCAGCACACUUUCAAAAAGCUUAUUUUAUCUGUUUGGUUUGUUUUUGGUUAUUUUAAAGGUUGUUGAAAUGUUCCAUUGUAUUUCACAUCUGACAGACCAAACUCUAGAAGGAAAGGACUGUGAUUUAAAUCCCUUUGGGGGUUGUUGUUGUUGUUGUUGUUGUUGUUGUUGUUGUUGUUGUUAUUGUUUUUUUUAUUUUAGAAUUUUCUUUUAACUUUGUCCCCAAGCUCCUCAGGAAGGCUGUGAAGGUCAAGAGAACACAAGAAGGGAUUAUCUGGACCAAGCACGGCCCGAAAAAGACUUGAUGUUAGGCUAUCACAAAUCACUCCACGGGCAAUUUUAUCCCUCAUUUUUAAUCCUCAUCAUCAACGUGCGAACAGAUGUAUAGGUUGAAAACAUCACGUUUCAUUUGAAGCCUCGUUCUUUUUGUGGUUAUACUGUAAAUCGUUCCCUGUUUGACCAGUACCCGGGUUCAUGGAAUAGCUUUGUUUUGGAGAUGUUUGUUUCUGCUUACACUGAGUAUGGCAAACCCAAGGUUGCCUUUUUUUGUAUCACUGUGUGCUGAUUGAAAGGAAGGUAAUAGGUUUAUGGAUGUCAAGUUGCAGCUUCACUUUAAAGUACGGAAAAAUACACUGAUCAGCUGAACUCCAUCUACGAACAAAAAAAAUGUAAUCAUGUCCAAGUUUAAAACCAGUUUCUGUUAAUAUCAGAGAAUAUUACCCCACCAGGUAAAAAUGUGUUGUGGGCCCGUUAACUUCCACAAUUUGUGAAUUUGUGCUUAAACCAUGUAACCACAAUUUAAACCCAAAUAAUAAUGUGUUUAUAGUAAACACUCAGUGUAUAAUGCAAUUCAGUACGACAGUUCUGCAGCAAAUUCUGCCUUUACGAAUGUUACAAUGUUCUGUUUUUCUUGACAUCGUCUGGAAUCCAUAAGUUUAAUGAUAUGUUUAUUGUUGAGGAUAUAGUUAACGGUGUUGUACUGGACUGCAUUAUAUUGAGAGUUGCUUCUAACGUUUUUGUCCUUUUUAUUUACAAAUAUGAGCAAGGUAGAAUAUAAGAAACACCUGAAUAUUGCCCAACUGCCACAUGCUGAACCAGGAGUCUCUUGACCCCUGUAGGUCUGAGGCCUUUGGGCAGUUUCCCGUUUUCCACAACCUGUAAUAUAAGCAACUAUUACAGGUACAUAUGUACGGAGAAGAUUUUAUAUUUUGCUGCUUUUAAGAGGUGCUGAUACUUGCUUCCUGACAUCCAGUGAAUAGGCUCAGAUAAUAAUAUUCAACACGUCCUGAAAACUGCACGCAGACGUGAUCAAGGCGUGUGUUUGUUUCCCUCUGUGUAAGUAGAAAAAGCCAAACGAUCCCUUCAACUAUCACAACUAACUGUGAUAGCCCAGCUUAUUAACACUGGUGGGUUUUUAGCUUCACUUCUAAUUAAUUCAUAUACCAAGAUUUUUAACCAGUCUUGUCUCAAGUUAUGAUGGUGAUAUGGAUAGUGUGUUACUGAUUGUGUUGCCCAGUUGGCUGCCUAAUGAUGUAGUUCUGUUUAGUGCGUUAGCUCCGUCUUACUUUGGAAAAAGCUGCCCCCCGUAGUUCAAAACCUAUUUAUAUGCAUUCCUCUGAGAAACUGCCUGCUGUGAAUCUUACUGGUCAGCGGCCCAGGAUCUGUUGACGGUACAGGAUUUAUUGUUGUUAACCAGUUGUGUUGUGUUGUUUCACGCUUCCCAAAGGCAACCGCUCUCAUUGGCGUCCAUAUCCAUGAGCACUCACUCUCGCCAAACCUGUGCAUGAGAAGUUCAGCUGCAGCCACUGGGUCGGUGGCCUCCACAGACAUUUCUGUGCGACCAGGUGGCUACAGACCACAGACAAAUUUUUUGUAUUUUCCAAAACGAAUUACCUGGUUAUGUAGCCCCAUGGGUGUUGCGGUGGUCACAGGUGCCCAAACAGUGCCAGUCAUCACUUUUCUAAAAUAAUUAUUUUUGAAAAACAAACAAAAAAAAUAUAUCAUUGUUUUUUUUUUUUAUAUCUCCAAACCUAUAACUGUUUUAAAAAUGGACAGCAAUUAUUCAGAUGACAUCUUUUUCUUUGUCGAUUAUGUCGAUCUACGAACUGUAAGGAAAGUUUGCAACUAUUUGACUCUGUUUUCUAUCUUUGUCUUGUCAUACAAAAAUCUUGCUGCGUGUCUGAAUUUAAUAACUGAAGUGUGUGUGCGUGCGUGCGUGUGGUAUAUGCAUGUGUGUGUGCGUGAACACGAGUGACUGAUAUGAAGGGUUGUAUUGCCAAUUGAAUUAACCCAGUGUUACAGGUCUUGUAAUUUUACUAGAGACUCUAGUAGCACUGUGGAACCUGUCAUUCUACUUUGGCCUAAAGUUUCUCCUCUUGUAUAGAACCACUGAUCCGUUUCAAGAAAUAUUUGCCAAUUUAUUCUCCCAGGACAUUUUAUACAUGUAACACAGUAAUAACAUUGAUGAAACAUUAAGAGAGCAGCGUUGCUUUAACCUCUGAACUAUGGUCAGUGUGUAUUUCCACCACUCGCUAACCACCAAACGGCUCUGUCUCUCAUCACCUAACUCGAUGAUCAUAUUUAUUUUCGUUUUUAGCAAAACCUUCCCAGAAACAUCAGCUGAGUUGGUGGGUGUAAUGGCAGUUACAGUAAUAGGAACUCCUCCAGCCCCCCGGAGCCUACACAGGAAUGACUUAUGCAAUAAUUGUCUUUCAGCAUGCAAUAAUAUUAACAACCCCUCAUCAAAUUAUCACAAAUUAACAGCGCACAUCUGCUGACCUUUCGCAGUGAAAUGUCUCUUCGGAUAAACACAUUAUAAAGGGAGAACAGUGUAUUUUGUACAAAUAUUUUAAAAGUAUUAAAAUAAGCCUGUUAUUUGUGUACAUAAAAAAGCUGAAUGAAUGGUGAAAAUGUGAUGUGUUUUUCCUGAGUAACUAAAUGAAACCAAUAUUAAUGCAAA